UGCUGCAGCAUGUUGUCUCGGGGCUCUGCACUCACCUUCCUUGCCCUCAAGCUCUCCUUCCUCGCAUUGCUGCUGGUUGUGGAUGCGGACUCCGAGGGAGCCUGGUGCUAUGACUCCCAGGACCCAAAGUGUGGCCCCACCCACUGGAAGGAGAUAGCCCCUGCCUGUGGGGGUCCAGCCCAGUCUCCCAUCAACAUUGACCUUCACCUGGUCCAGCGGGACCUCACCCUCAGACCUUUCAUCUUUCAUGGCUACGACUCAGCACCUCCGGGCCCAUGGACUCUGGAGAAUGAUGGCCAUACAGUGCUGCUCCACGUGGACACUGGCCCGCAGAGCCGCCUGAAGAUGCAGGGUGCUGGGCUGCCACUACCUGCCUACCGUGCACUGCAGCUACACUUCCACUGGGGGGGCCCUGGGCGAGCAGGCUCAGAGCACAGCCUGGACGGGCAGCGCCGCCCCAUGGAGAUGCACGUGGUCCACAUGAACACGCGGUACCAGAGCAUGGGGGAGGCUCGAGGUCACCCUGAUGGGCUGGCAGUGCUGGCCGUGUUCUUGGCGGAGCAGGACUCUGACAACGCCAACUUCUCGGCCCUUGUGUCGGGCCUGAAAAACGUGUCUGCGCGCGGGGUCUCCGUGGAUCUGGCGUCCACCUUCCCGCUGGCCUCGCUGCUGCCCGGCGCCUCCGGCCUCUCGCGCUACUAUCGCUACUCGGGGUCGCUGACCACGCCCGGCUGCGAGCCCGCCGUGCUCUGGACGGUCUUCGAGGACGCGGUGCCCAUCGGGCGCGCGCAGGUGGCCCAGUUCCAGUCGGUGCCCCAGGCCGGGCCCCCAGGCUCGCAGCCCGCGCCGCUCACAGAGAACUUCCGCCCGCAGCAGCCUCUCGGGGGGCGCAGGGUCUCGGCCUCUCCUGGCGCCUCCGUCCGCGGGGCAGCCCCGGCCCCCGCUCCCCGCCUGGCCCGUGUGCGCGGGGCUCUGCUGGGCCUGGCGCUCAGCCUGUGCCUCCAGCCGGGCCCCUAGGAUCCAGACGCGACCCUGCUCCUGCAAUAAACGGUACACGGAG